GUUCGACGCGUCACGCGUUUCUUGGUCAUCUUUUCUUAUUGUUCGACUCCCAUGGGGUUGAAACACCUGGCUUUAACGAUUCGAAAAAUGUGUUAAGCAAAACAAAACGCAUGCGUGGGAAUGGAAUAGAAUUUAACAGUGUUCUGAAUUCCAGAUAUCGAGAAGUGGAAAGUAGUCGCAAGUAUUCUGGACCCGUGUGUCGUGCUUCUCUAUCUCUGCUAUCCUAUUGUUAAAGCUAGAUUGUGAAACGUUAAAUUAAAGUGAAACUUGUUAUCUUUGCUGAUUUUGCCGAAUGAAAAAAUAUCGUUUUUAGGAAUUUUGAUUGAUAAUCUUGAAGUCAUUUGAGGCAUUUACAACAAGUGAAUAUAGGAAUUAAAGCGGAAAAGUAGCAAUUAUCAUCAUGGCAAUGAUAAUGAAAGCUGCAAAAUGUCCUACCGACGAGCUUUCGCUGAAAAAUAGGGCCAUCGUAAGCGGUGGUGAUUUUGCACCAGACAUCAAAUAUAUCGAUGUUUCAACUGCUCCUGGACAACAUUUUAUUUUCUCAACCGAACGGACAUUGGCUGGAGAAAUCAAUCCAGGGACUAUUGGAUUCUCUUUACUUCAACGAAAAUGGGCAACACUGUCUAUAAAUCAGGAUAUAAGCGUUAAACCCUUUUUGUUUGAGCGGUCCUCAGAAGUGCUCUGUAGUAUUGCACUAGAAGUUGAUUUUCUCCAGAAAAAAACCGUUACGCACGAGCCGUACGAUAGUGAUCAAAUGGCAAAGGAUUUUUUGCUACAGUUUGCUGGGCUAGCGGUUACUGUUGGACAACCAUUAGUAUUUAACUUCCAAGAUAAGAAGUUGCUGUGCUUGGCGGUGAAAACACUCGAAGUAAUUGAUGCUGCUUCAAUGACUGCUGGAAAUAGCGGAGGAUCGAAUGGCCCUACAGAGCCAAAACGGGUAAACUUUGGUCGGCUGUUGGCGAACACUGUGGUAACAUUCGAAAAAGCAGAAGGAUCUGGACUGAAUUUGGUUGGUCGUUCAAAGGGUCGUGCGACUGCGGUCCGGCAAUCUAUCAUCAACCCAGACUGGGAUUUCGGACGAAUGGGAAUCGGUGGAUUAGAUCGUGAAUUCAAUGCCAUCUUUCGACGUGCUUUUGCUUCACGUGUCUUUCCGCCAGAAGUAGUUGAGCAACUUGGUUGCAAACAUGUGAAAGGUAUUCUACUUUAUGGUCCUCCCGGUACCGGUAAAACGUUGAUGGCUCGUCAAAUUGGUACAAUGCUGAAUGCACGAGAACCCAAGAUUGUCAACGGUCCUCAGAUUUUGGACAAAUAUGUUGGUGAAUCAGAAGCGAAUGUUCGUCGACUGUUUGCUGAUGCUGAAGAGGAAGAAAAAAGGCUUGGCCCGGCAAGUGGUUUGCAUAUUAUUAUUUUUGAUGAAAUAGACGCUAUUUGCAAAGCUCGUGGUACAGUUGGAGGUAAUUCUGGUGUGCAUGAUACUGUUGUCAAUCAAUUGUUAGCAAAAAUUGAUGGUGUCGAACAAUUGAAUAACAUUCUGGUGAUUGGUAUGACGAACAGACGAGAUAUGAUUGAUGAAGCCUUAAUGCGACCAGGUCGUCUAGAGGUUCAAAUGGAAAUCAGUCUACCCAACGAAGAAGGCCGUGUACAGAUUCUUCAAAUUCAUACUCGUCGAAUGAAGGAAUUUAAAAAACUUGCUCCGGAUGUUGAUUUACGCGAGUUGGGCGUAAUGACUAAGAACUUUAGUGGCGCUGAACUAGAAGGUUUAGUUCGUGCCGCUCAAUCUACUGCUAUGAAUCGUCUAAUAAAAGCUGCAUCUAAAGUUGAAGUUGAUCCAGCUGCAAUGGAAAAACUGAUGGUGACCAGGGAAGAUUUUCAUCAUGCUUUUGAAAAUGACAUAAAGCCGGCUUUUGGUACGGCGGCGGAGGCCCUGGAACAUUACCUGACCAGAGGGUUUAUCAAUUGGGGAUUACCGGUGGCUCACAUUCUUGAAGAUGGAGCCUUAUACACGGAACAGGCACGUGGAGCUGAAGGCUCCGGAUUAGUGUCAGUAUUGCUGGAAGGUCCACCAAACGCCGGUAAAACAGCACUGGCUGCAAAGCUUGCAAAGCUAUCUGAUUUUCCAUUCGUCAAAGUAUGUAGCCCUGACGACAUGGUCGGAUUUACAGAAAAUGCUAAAUGCUUGCAAAUUCGGAAGUAUUUCGAUGAUGCCUACCGUUCAACGUACAGCUGUAUUCUUGUUGAUAAUAUCGAACGUUUGCUGGAUUACGGCCCUAUCGGUCCGCGCUAUUCUAAUCUCACGUUGCAAGCUCUUUUGGUGCUUUUGAAAAAACCUCCACCGAAAGGCAAAAAACUUCUCAUUUUAUGCACCACGAGUCGAAGGCAAGUUUUGGAAGAUAUGGAGAUGCUCUCUGCUUUUACAGCAGUGUUGCAUGUGCCUAAUCUAUCUUCGCCAGAGCAUUUAUUAGCUGUGCUUGAACAAGAACCUGACGUUUUUGGACGCAACGAAUUAGCUGCCAUUUACAAAAGAGUCAAAGGAAGGCGCAUUUUUGUGGGAAUAAAGAAACUUUUGGACCUGAUUGAUUUGGCUAGACAGAUGGAUCCACAAGUAAGGAUGAUGAAAUUUUUGUCUAAAUUAGAAGAAGAAGGAGCUUUGGAAGAUGCUACUGUAGCAAAGUAAAGCAAGUUAAGGUUUCGAUGAUCCUGUUGCAGCAAAGUAUUGUAAACCAUGAAUACAUACUCAUAUUUUAACUUACUAAUAUUGAUAAAACAAUAUUAAAUAGAACAUAUGAUAUCAUGACAGUAAAUUGAAUUUAUUACCAGGAAGACAACGUACUUAAUUCUAUCAAUAAGUAUUCGUUAUCAUUCAAAGUUAUAUUAUUACCAGUGCCUAUAAAGACACAUACUAAUAUGAAUGGCAAAUGUAAAAGUAUCAAAAUGAAGUAAAUAUUCUAGUAAAAUGCUUUAUAUACCCUAUGGGAUUAACUCUUUCUGGAACUGAUUUCAAUAUACGCUUGAACCAAAAUCAGGCAUACGAAUUGACAUCCUGGUAGUUAAUUCAAUUUACUGUGCUGCAAAAUUGAAGAGCUAAUACAUAACCGAUCUAAUAUGGCUUAUCAUUAAAGUAUAGCAAGAACAUGUUCAUGAAAACCCAGAGGUGAAAAAAUCAGCAAUUACUUUUACGAUUCCGUGAUUUUUUAUUAGAUUCUAAGUUACAGUGAAACAUGGAAAAUGUAAUAUUGGCAUUCAAAAUUUUCUUGUUUGGAAAA